GCAUUGGCAGCGUUUAAGCAACUUUUUGCCAAGAACCCAGCUCACCACUGAGAAGGGGGCCUUAGAGGGAAGAAUGUCCAGAGGAAGCCAAUGCCAGACACGUCUGGAGUUACGCUCACCGCAGGCAACAUGAGACAUUCGGUGCCAGCAUCUGUGUCCUACUGGCAAAGGCUGUAGCUCUCAGGUAGGAGGGUCCUGGGAGCAGCCUGCACCAGGAGCCUCUUUAGAGGGAGGAUGGGACCAGAUAUGAACUCUAUACAGUGAACAUGAUUUUCAGCUUAUUAAGAAAUAUUAAGUAAAAUGAUUAUUUAAUUUCCACAUAUUCAAGUUCGAAAGCCUUCUUGUGAAGUGCCAGCAGCCAUCCUCCCUGCACAGGAGUUAUAAGGACUUUUUUGGCACCAAGUGGAACUCUUCUUGGUACUUCUGGCCAUGACAGAUCUUCAGGGCAGAUUUAUCUGCUAAAUGCUCUUGAGCAGGAAAAAAAAAGUAAAACCUUUGGAAGCAGAGUAAGGAUAACAGAGCGGAGACCACUCCCUUUUUGCUCACUACACAGAAACUCAGCCUGGACUCAGAUGCUCUCACUGAAGAUUUAUCCUGCCUUGUUCACCUCCAAGGCUCGUCUGUUCUGGGGAGACCUGGCAUUUUCGGGUUGCCUGCUGUGGCCCUUUUCUACUAUCAUUCUGCUCCCAAGCCUUCUACUGAGGCAGUUGAAUAAUGUGAACUUUGGAAUGGAGUUUGAUAUCCUUUGGGGACUUGCUUCCUUUCCCAGGCUGGUGCUUUCGGAAAGGACCAUCUGAAGGCUGCGGUGUGUUCUUGGGGCGGAGGGCCCUGGCCUUGCCUGGAUCCUCCACCAUGUUCCUGUUGCUGCCUUUUGAUAGCCUGAUUGUCAACCUUCUGGGCAUCUCCCUGACUGUCCUCUUCACCCUCCUCCUCGUUUUCAUCAUAGUCCCAGCUAUUUUUGGAGUCUCUUUUGGUAUCCGAAAGCUCUACAUGAAAACUUUGUUAAAGAUCUUUGCGUGGGCUACCUUGAGAAUGGAGAGAGGAGCCAAGGAGAAGAACCACCAGCUUUACAAGCCCUACACCAAUGGAAUCAUUGCAAAGGAUCCCACUUCACUAGAAGAAGAGAUCAAAGAAAUUCGUCGAAGUGGUAGUAGUAAGGCUCUGGAUAAUACUCCAGAGUUUGAGCUCUCUGACAUUUUCUACUUUUGCCGGAAAGGAAUGGAGACCAUCAUGGAUGAUGAGGUGACAAAGAGAUUCUCAGCGGAGGAACUGGAGUCCUGGAACCUGCUGAGCAGAACCAAUUAUAACUUCCAGUACAUCAGCCUUCGGCUUACUGUCUUGUGGGGGUUAGGAGUGUUGAUUCGGUAUUGCUUCCUUCUGCCACUCAGGAUAGCUCUUGCUUUCACGGGGAUUAGCCUUCUGGUGGUGGGCACGACCGUCGUGGGAUACUUGCCAAAUGGGAGGUUUAAGGAGUUCAUGAGUAAACAUGUUCACUUAAUGUGUUACCGGAUCUGUGUGCGAGCCCUGACAGCCAUCAUUACUUACCAUGACAGGAAAAACAGACCAAGAAAUGGUGGCAUCUGUGUGGCCAAUCAUACCUCUCCUAUUGAUGUGAUCAUUUUGGCCAGUGAUGGCUAUUAUGCCAUGGUGGGUCAAGUGCACGGGGGACUUAUGGGUGUGAUUCAGAGAGCCAUGGUGAAGGCCUGCCCGCACAUCUGGUUUGAGCGUUCUGAAGUGAAAGAUCGCCACCUGGUGGCCAAAAGACUGACUGAACACGUGCAAGAUAAAAGCAAGCUACCUAUCCUCAUCUUCCCAGAAGGAACGUGCAUCAAUAAUACAUCGGUGAUGAUGUUCAAAAAGGGAAGUUUUGAAAUUGGAGCCACGGUUUACCCUGUUGCUAUCAAGUAUGACCCUCAGUUCGGUGAUGCCUUCUGGAACAGCAGCAAAUACGGGAUGGUGACGUACCUGCUGAGGAUGAUGACCAGCUGGGCCAUUGUCUGCAGUGUUUGGUACCUGCCCCCCAUGAUCAGAGAGACAGAUGAAGACGCCGUCCAGUUUGCAAACAGGGUGAAAUCCGCCAUUGCCAGGCAGGGAGGACUGGUGGACCUGCUGUGGGACGGGGGCCUGAAGAGGGAGAAGGUGAAGGACACAUUCAAAGAGGAGCAGCAGAAGCUGUACAGCAAGAUGAUCGUUGGCAACCACAAGGACAGGAGCCGGUCCUGAGUCCGCACCUGGCGCUGGCCAGGCCCCACGCGCAGGUCCCGACGCGUGAGCCAGCUGGAGUUGCCACUGCUGCUGCCCCGCUGCUGCCUCCUUUCCAAACUCGGGAUCCCAGGACUCCGUCUUCCUUAGAGCCAUGCCGGGUCCCCUGCACUCUGGGGCAGCGCCGCCCGCCCUUGGCCAUCCGAAAUGAAUGCCACUGGGCGUUGCUGCCAGCACGAGAUGCCUUCUUGUUUCUUUUACAGUAAGUCCGUUGGAGGAAUGCCAUUGAAGUCAGCAGUCCACCUGUGCACGUGUGCAGGUCCACACUGCCACAUGAGGGACAUUGCGGUGGUAGUCUGUCAUGAUGCCCACAUGCCAGGGGCCUGGCGGGGGAUCUUGAGGAGAGGCACUGCUGAGGCAGUGUGGCCUGCUCCAGGCAAAACCUCAACCUAGCCCUAGAGCUCUGCAGACUCAGCAAAAAGAAAACUGUCGUCUGUUGGGACUUUCAGCAAAAUGAAGUACUAAGUUCCUGUGCUACUGCUUAUGAGAAGUCACUAGAGGGGGUGGGAAGAGGCCAGGUGACCCCUGACUUGUCGGUGGUGAGAACCAAGAGUCACUUUGUGUUUACUCCAGGGCUGACCCUGAAUUCCCCACGUGACUUGCUGUCUGUUUAGUGUGUGCCUCAGUUUUCCCACCUGCAGCAUGGAUCAGGAGGGGAAGGUGGCGAUACCCACCUCACAGGGCUCUUGUGGGGAUGAAAGUGCUGCAGCAAGUGAAGGGUGGGGACGUCCAGUGUUGUGAGUCCAGGUCAUGGGACGCAGCAGGGCUGGGCCUGAGCACAGAGCUGCCGCACAGGGCUUUGGGUUUGCUUUUGUGAGUAAAUAAAAUUGGUUGGCAAACAAA